UUGCAGGUGACUGUUCUUCAUAGAUUUAAAAGCGAUAUCUGAACGGGUUUUUUUGCUCAAAAUUCUAAAACAUACUUUGAGUGAGCUUGUAGUAGCACGAAAUUGUUAUGUACUGAAACAGUACGAUUUGAAACCAACAAAAAUAUUUUCAUUUUACCAGGGUUUUACUAAUGGUAAAUAUUAUAAACGACGGGGAAAAAACGUUCUAGAAUUAUUAUUUAAAUUAAGAUACGCUUUACGAUCCUAACGAAAUAACGGUACUUACUUUUUCUAUGAAAUUCUAUUUCGGAAGAAAACGGUUUCUACUAACUAAAUCUUAACCAAUCACUUUGAUUUUGCUAUCGAUCGCUGCAGCAUAAUAUAUUGGGUGUUUUCUAUGUAUUUAAGUAUUUAUAAAUAUUUAUAUAUUAUAUAUAUCGUUGUCUAGGUACCCGCAACACAAGCCUUAUUGAGCUUACUGUGGAACUUAUGUUAGUCAAUUUGUGUAAUAAUGUCCUAUAAUAUUUAUUUCUUUAUUAUAUUCUAGGUUUAUAGAAUUCACUUAAUUUAUUUAUUUUUUAUUUAUUUGCUUUUUAAAUAUUAUACAACUUUUUAAUAAUAUACAGAUUUUGACAAAAAGGAAAACCUAGAAACCAAUUUUUUCAUAGUGUCAAAACAUACAAAAAAAUCAUGGAGAUUGGAAAAAUGUUUUCUUUUUUGUAUGGACGAGUAUUCAUAUUCAUAUUUAUAUCGAGUAAGUACGUGGUAUACUCUUAAAACACACUUUUUAUUAUUUAUUAUUAAAGAUACUGCUAGUAGGAAUGAUUAAUAAAAAUUAUCAGUGAGUAAGAUGAAAACCAUAACAAAAUAUUAUAUUAUAACAGAAUGACCUCCCUGAAUCGCUCAAGGACAAUUUAAAAGUUAUAGUCGUUAUCACUACAUAAUGAAUGAAUCAUUAUUCACCAAGAAAUUGUUUGCUCCUUUAGUUUCUUGAGGUCAGUGGUGUGUGUUAGCCGUGUUACGAUGUAUUUAUUGUUCAUGGUAUUGGCGAUAGCUGCUUACAGCAACGCUUCAGCUAUAUCAGAAUCCACACAUAAAUGUGAAGGAAAUACUCCCUGCGACAUUGACGACCUCGUCUACCCCCAGCAGUUCGAGUCGCAUUAUCAACGUACCCGACGAUCUUCUGAAACGGAUUCCUGUGCUCCCAAGAUCGAGGAGGAGACAUUAACCCACGUGAUUCCUGGUACCCCGGAAAGCCUUCUGAAUGAUAUCCUUACUCAGAAAAUAAAACAUACUCGUUGCUUGAAUGAAGGAGCAAAAUGUCUCGAAAGUAUGUCGAUUCUUAUGGGAUAUAACUACAUCUGCAAGACUAAGCCCUCUACAGUACCGGUGAAUUUCAACAAUGAGUCGAUUACAGUUCCCAUAAGCGUGGCUUGUGAAUGUGUUAGAGAAUGAAAUAGUUAUUUACGAUACAAGUGCAGGAAUACCUAUUCGCACGUGCGGAAAUAAGCACUUACCGCGCAUAUGUCGAAACUUUAAAGAGCCAUAUGUACUGUAAAACGUUGUACAAUAGAGGUGCCAAUAGGUAAUUCGCAACUCGUGUCGAUUUCCCGCCGACUCCCUUCGGUCGUGUUUUAAUUUAUCACCACUCGUUGCGAUUUUCGUAUUUUCUGUAUUUAAAUAAUAAAUAAAUAAAUAAAUGUACUUGUAUCGUAAAUAACUAUUUCUGUUCUCCAUGCGGAAAGCUUCAACUUUCGGCAGGCUGCGCUUACGAAAUUGCAGCUUUCCGGCUCCGUCGAACAGAAAAAUAGUAUACAAAUUUACGUCGGGCACUAAAUAAAAAAAGAAAUUUCUUACUUUUUUGCCCAAGGUAUAUAAUAUACUAUUUCACCAUACAGACUCAAAAAUUGCAUUUUAUCCAAAGUAAGUGUUAGACUGCGACUUCUCUAGCCUGGUACAGUACUCCUCAAACUGACCAACUUUGUUUAAAAACUUUUAAAAAUGCCCUAUGUUUUGAUUUUUAUUAGGUAAAAUUUAACAUUUUCGCCGUCAUAAAGCAUAGUUCAUAUAGAAUUGGUCUACUGGUCUAUUGGUCUUGGUGGACUAGAUGAUUGUUAUUUUUUUAAGUUAAUAAAAUAAGAAAGUUAUGAAUGGUGAAUUUUAAAUAGUAAUGUAUUUAGCUUUCAAAUAUGUAUAAAUUAAAAAAAAAUCUCUGUUAUGUAAAUAAUUACGAACUGUUUUCAUAAUGGACCCCCGUCAUUUUCUGUACAACACUUUUGUCGACAUUUUUGGCGAGUUGAUUUCUUGUAGAUCGCAAUGAAUGGAUACCCUGGACAAAUUGA